AUGGCAUGGUGUGACCGAGGCGCUCAGACUCUGCUGGCCAUCGCCGGGGCUUUCGCCGCUUUCAGCCUGAUGACCAUCGCUAUCGGCACCGACUACUGGCUCUACUCCCGGGCGCACAUCUGCAACGCCACCAAUGUCUCCGCCGACGACUCCCAGACGCAAAGCAGGAAAGUGAAAGGGGACCUGACGCACUCCGGACUGUGGAGGAUCUGCUGUAUCGAAGGUAUCAACAAGGGAAGCUGCUUUUGGAUCAAUCACUUUCCGGAGGAUAACGACUACGAUACAGACAGCUCAGAGUACAUCUUACGUAUAGUCCGCGCAUCGAGCCUCUUUCCGAUUCUCAGCACCGUCCUCCUGAUGCUGGGUGGCCUGUGUGUCGGAGUUGGACGUUUAUACACCAGGAAGAACAACAUCUUGCUCAGCGCAGGCAUCCUGUUUGUGGCUGCAGGCCUCAGCAACAUCAUCGGCAUCAUUGUUUACAUCUCCAGCAACGCCGGGGAUCCCAGCGACAAGAAAGAUGAGGACAAGAAGAACCAGUACAACUACGGCUGGUCCUUUUACUUCGGCGCCCUCUCCUUCAUCGUGGCGGAGUCGGUGGGCGUACUCGCCGUCAACAUCUACAUCGAGAAGAACAAGGAGACGCGAUUCCGGGGCAAGCGGGACUUCAUCAAAGCCACCUCGUCCUCUUCGCCGUACUCCCGCAUACCGAGCUACCGCUACAGACGGAGGCGCUCGCGCUCCAGUUCCAGAUCGACCGAGCCGUCCCGCGAAGCUUCCCCCGUGGGAAUGAAGAUGGGCGGUGGGUCUGGAGGCGUGGGGCUGGGGAUGGGUCUGCCCAUGGGGGAUAUAUCCAUGUACACUCUGAGCAGGGACCCUCUGAAGGGCGGAAGUGGGCCCGCGGGGCCGUACAGUCCCGAGAGGAACACCGGGUUUUUACAAGUGCACAACUGCUUCCAGAAGGACGUGAAAAACGGAGCGAAUCGGAGGACGACCCCCGUAUGAGGCCUGGGUCUCGUUCCUGGGUUGAGCGGUGCGCUUUAGUAAAUGUUGCGCCGCUGAUGAGAAACAACAGUUUGUCACGCGACACAUAAGAAAGUGUGUGGGAGUACGAUUUUAUUCCAUGCCGAGGUGAAAGAAGUUGGGACAGUUCACGUUCCAAGAACAGAAUUAAGUUUACAAAACUACAUGAGCUUCUCCAGCAUCAGGUUUAAAGGGGCAGUAUUAUGCAUUUUCCAGGCACAUAGAGUCUGGAAACAUGACUGAAGAAAUUUGACUUUCUUACUAAUUACAAAUUUAACACCUUGAAAUUGAGCGCCUGUCUCUUUAAAAACUGAAACUCCGCCUUCAGGAAGUCAUUACAAUGGUGCUCCUUUUUUAACCCUUUUAAUAACGUUUUUAACCACCAUUUCACAGAGAAAUGUAAAACAGGACAGCUAAUUGCUGCUGGCUAGUCUGAAGGUGCCAAGUCGCGGGGCAGGUCUGCUCUGUGAGGCAGAAGCUCAGAAACCGCAGCUCCGAGGAGGAGCUCCUCAAUCUGGGAUCUGGGUCUCUCCAGGUGUUUUGAACGGUUGCCAUUAAAGGGUUUUUCAAAAGUGCAUGAAAAAAAAGAAACCAAGGGAGCAUUACUGGUAUGUUUAUGAUGAUGGAAUAACAUUAUAACAUGAUUAAAAGGUCAAAAAAUGUUGAUUUUACAUAAUACCGCCCCUUUAAAUAGUGGCCCCAUGUAGCUUUGUUUCAUGAAGGCCGUGUUAAAAUAUUUUUACUACUUGGAAAGACGAAGCUCAGAGAAUGUUCUCAGUAGGCGAUUAAUUUACAGGAAAUAAGGAGCAACUUUCACAGACUUGAUUUUGAGUUCAAUUCAAAGCAUCAAAAUAUUUUUUUUGUGUUUUUCUUGUGAAAUACUGUUUUUGAAAAUUAACCGCUUUCACUGUUUUGAUGUGUUUUCGUCUCCAGUACUUGGUUUGCUCACAUUCUGUGACCUCUCUCAAAGACGUCUCAUGCUGAAAUCUGCCACUAAAACACAGACGGUGCUAACUUGCCUUCUUAGCUCUACAAUUUAAAUGCUUUCACCGAAUCCCAUCACUCCUGUGUGGCGCUUGAGCAGACGUCACGUGGUCGGUGUAGGGGGGAGUAUGUGCUUGUGUGUUCAGUGGCUCCGAACGCAGCAUAACUAAAACGAAACUAUGAAUUUGUGUAAAUAAAUGUGAAUGAAAUUGCUGGCAGUCGUGACGUACGUUCCAACAGGCUGCGCAGGUUUCCGGCGUAAAUGUUAUUUACAUGUGAUUUGCUCUCGAUGUGCUCAGGGACGAUGCGCGGAACAAACGGGUUCCUCACUCAAGCCAGACAGACUGUUACCAUUGGUUUGUGUAAGAACAACAAAAAUAACAUAAGGUCACACGUUUAGGGAUGUUAACAAAUGAGGAGAUAUUUUAUGCCAUUUCUUUUCCCCCAGAGUGUUUAAAAGACACCAGUGUCUUACGUGCUGUGGAUUGUGGAGAUUUAAGCUGAUACUGGCUAUUUGGAGCAGGAUCUAUUCCAGAGCAAAUCUCUCACCCUUUUGGUGUUUUAUUCAUCAGGUUAGCUGCACUCUUUAUUUUGUUACCUACUGCAGACAGCUGGGAAACAAAAGCAAUGUGAUAUUUUCUAGGCAGAUUAUGGAGGAUUUUCAGGAAUUUGAAGGUUGUGGGAUACAUUUGGCAUUCGCCAGUCACGUGAAUAAAUCUGUGUUUUGGCUAAGAAGAUGGUGCCAAAUUAUUUAGCCAUCCUAUUUAAAUUAAAAAUUUAUAAAUACAGCAAAUUUACACAGAAAAAGCUACAAUGUAGCUUUUUUGAUGCUUUUUUAUUUUUUAGAUUUUAAACUUUUUUCUUUUUUUUGUCACUAGUGCAUGGCGGUGCAAAUUGAAAUAUCAGAGAACUUUGAUAAAACAUAGCUUUUUUUUCCCUAAUUCAAAACUUUGAAUUAUUAGGCUAACAUUAGACACUGUCAACAUUGGAACUUUUUUUUUUUCCAAAAUGGGUUGCAGUUUCAAAAACAUCCAUUUCCAGAAAUGUUUUCAUCAACACAGAAUCGCUGAGGACAGCCGAAGUUGCUACUCUUACUCCCCCAGACCUGUAGGUGGCGACAAACAUGUAGUCCGGGACGUGUUCAGAGAACCUCCAUAUGAGAUUAGAGCUAAACACAAGAAGAAAGCAAGAAUGGCAAACAACAAAACACAACGAGUAUUAAUCUUGAAGUUGGUUAAUGAACAGAUGCAGCACAAAUAUUUACCCCACCGUUGUUGUUGUUGUUACAGCUUGUUUGGUGUUUGAGGUCAGGUUCAUUAGGGUUUGUGGGAGGGCAACAUUUUCCCAUUCUGUAACCCCUUUUCAAAAGAGAAAAAAAAAACAUAUAUAGUCCCUUUAAAACAGGUUUUGUAGUGUGCUAAUGAUAACUGUUAUUUAUUAAAAAGCACAGGCACGUGUUAAUAUAUGGAGUUGAUUUAUUUAUUCAUGCCUAAAUGAAUAUGAUUAGCAAAAACAUGAAACAAAACUGAAAAAUAAUUUAGCUGCCCCUUUAUUUAGUCUUUUGCUAAAUCUUCUAUGCCGAGGGGGUUAAAAAAUUCUUAGGAAGUACCAACAACUUACCUCACAAUGGUUCAUUUCAAUUUAGUUUGAGUAGCAUUUGGAAUGAGUUUGAUGUCUUUUUCUUUCUUUCUUUCUUUCUUUCUUACUUUCUUUCUUCCCUUCUUUAACAAAUUUUCUCAUUUGUAGAUGACAGAAUAUUAAUUUGACAUGACUGGAUUCAGUUGCUGAAACAAAAUUGGAAAAACUACCACCAGAAAAAAAAUAAUGAAUUUGCUGGAACACAUUUCUGCACAUUCCCGUUACCUUUAGUGGGAGCCGUCUGGAGAUUUUCUUCAGGCAUUACUUUAAAAUCACUGGAGAUAAACCAUCUUCCAUCCCAAGCAACAGCAUAAAAUGUCUUUGAAUUCACUCUGUGUGUCACAUAAUUAGCACCGGGAAACAUGAAAACUACACAAAGUGUUAAAUUGGACCUUUGACCUUUGACCAGUGAGGGUUUUAUAUAAACUUGCUCAAAGUGCUUGGAAAUCUUCAAGGUUUCUGAUAAAAUGGUGUUCUUCUUCAGACCCUGUUCCAAACAGCCAUCAUCUCAGAUGAGAAUUACAUGCCAGGAUGACGCUGAAACGGCACACAGCGGCACUUUACAAAAACAAGCCGUCCCUUUAGCUGGGUUAUUUUCUGCAGCCGCUGCCUUUUGUGUAAAGAGAAGGUCUUGUACCGGUAGCGGUUUUCUAUCACGUCUCAGUGAGUUGACCGACGUUCACAGUGUCGACUUUGAAGAGGCUGAGCAAAUGAACCGUCAAUAAAUUUUGUUGUGUCAGUUUGGAGUGAUGUGACUUUCUUUUGCAUGAUAAGUAGCAACUGAUUGGUAACAAAUCACAGGGGGAAAAAAACUGUAGAAAAUUGGUAAAUAUCAUAGACAUCAUUUCUUCCCGUUUGGCCAUUUUUCAUCUCUGUUCAUUUGCAAUAGUUGCUGUAGAGAGGAAAUAGUUUUCUGCUUACACCUGGAAAUCGGCGCGCUUGAAGCAUUUUUUUCUUGUUAGUCAUCUUUAGAUUAAUAAAUAAUUACUCUCUCAUUUGGAGACGGAGCUUCAUUUACUGUAUUAGUUGCUUAAUUUAAAUAAUUAUCUCUGCCUUUAAUUGGCCAGCUGUCAGGUAAUGUGAAAUAA